AUAUCUUAUAUAUUAAAUGGCCACGUAUUUCAUUCAUGUAAGGAAAUAAAUCAAAUACAAGAACUAUCACGAUGUCGAGCAGAUGGUGCGUUUUGCUUUUAACUCUUCUAUUAGUACUUAUCCCAACCCUGAAUGCAUUUUACAAAACAGUCUCUGUACCGUUGAAAUAUGCUCCUCUCCGACGGAUUUCAGUAAAACCCGCGAAUGGAGAUAUUUAUAUAGGUGGUAAAAAUAUUGUUCUCCGUCUUGACAGUAACUUUGAUCUUCUGCAAAACAAAACCAUUGGUCCGCAACCAGAUAAUAAAAUGUGUGCCCCCAACCAGUUGGUUUGUGAUUAUAAAAUGACAGACAACUAUGUCGAAGUUUUGGAAUUCAUUCCUAGAAGAAGAAUGGUUCUCGUCUGUGGUAGUGUCCAUCAGGGUCUUUGUACAUUUUUGAAUAGCUACCAUAUUGAUAUCGAGGAAAAGUUUUAUAAAGAUUCUUUUCAAAACUACAUCGGAAGUGAGAAAGGUACCAUCUUGAUUCCUUUUAAAACGGAAGACCAGUCGGACGACCAUUACUUCAUCGGAAGGAGUUGGGACGGUCGGAGAAUGGAGCACACAUUUCCGGAAUUUUCGUUCAUGGAAAUUUACAAUCGAACCAACGACCCUCUCCAGCAGUGGGAAUUUCAAAACACAACAAUGUAUUCUUCCGCGGGGUUAUGCCACCAUAAACGCCUGAAUUCCGCAACUCGAUUUAUUUUCGGUUUCAGCACUAAUGAAUUUAUCUUCAGCAUAUACAAUCAAGCUAGAACUGCUUCCAAUGGUACACUUUUCCAAACAAAAAUAUCGAGAAUAUGCAAGAACGAUAAAUACAUGGAUUCUUUUAAUGAAGUUAUUUUAGAAUGCAACCAACACAACAUAGCAACCGCUGCUUACUAUGCUACGACAAAUGAAACAUAUGUUCUUUAUGUGGCAUUUAGCAAAAGUCUUAAUUCUACUGAGGCAUUACCAAACAAUUCGGCGGCCGUUUGUCAGUUCCCCCAGCAAGAUAUAGACAGGAUGUUCAAUAAUCUGCUGAAGUUUUGUUAUAUUAACGCCGACGCCAUUACUCCACCUGAUUGGUCAACGUGCGGAGAAACCAAAGCUUGUACAAAGACAAAUUCACAAAAUUACUGCAGCAAUCGAAAAGCCCAGAAAGCAAACCCUGGGAUACAAAGACUGACGAAACCUCACUACGAGCCCAGUGGCAUUGUCUAUCAGGAAUCACAUACAAUAUUCACCUCGAUUUUUGCCCAUCAAGUAAACCCCCGGGCCAUCGUUGUGUGGAUUGGAACGUUUGAUGGAUAUAUACUUAAAGUUAACAUGGAACAGCAAUUUAGAGACAGAAAACCGUACGUUAAGUAUGAUCUGAGUCAGAAUAGAAGCCAGCGAAUAGAGCCUCAUCACCUUUCUGAUCACGACACCAAACACAUCGUAUUCUUGCAUGGAAACAAGGCAUCAACAUUUCCAUUGUUUUCAUGCCAAGUUUAUACAACUUGCGGCACAUGCUUGAAGACAAUUGAUCCUUUAGGAUGUGGUUGGUGCAAUAAUUCUUGUUCGAGAAAGGACGAAUGCCAAUUUGUCUGGCAUGAUGAUAGCUGUCCCCCUCUUGUAUACCGAGUAUAUUCAGCAAGCAGUCCAAUGGAAGGGUCUACACGUCUUAGGAUAGAAGGAGAAAGUUUUGGAGAUUACCCUUGGUCAAAAGUAAACGUUACCAUUGGUGAAAAGAACGCCUGCAAUGUGAUGAAUAAAACACGUACAAGUAUUGAGUGUUUAACGAUUGCACACGAUACUAGGACUGUACUGGUUACUGUCAAAGCAACCAUUGGUGGCGUCCUGAAAAGCUCUGCAGUUAGAGAGUUUCCUAUUUUGGUAACGAGACCUUAUCUGAGUUACACCUAUUCUCUAUUUGGUUCUCGGCGUGGAAACACAGUACUAACAUUAGAAGGCAACAAUCUGGACACUGGAUUUUCGACAAAAGUACUGAUUUCCGAUAUUUCCUGUGUGAUUACGAGUAAAAACCAGACACAUAUAGAAUUCAAAACAAGAGCAUGUUGGGAAAUCAUACAAGGAAAGAACAUGACCUGCAAUGAAUGUUUCCCAAUUACAGUCAAGAUAAACGAUGACGUCAUAACAAGUUCAAAUGACACAUUUUGUUAUACAAACGAUCCACAAAUUAUAAGUGUGUCAAGGAAUACAACAAUAAUGAGUGGGGGUCUGAAAUUGGUUGUGAGAGGCACACACUUUGGAAAUGCGAAUUCAUACUCGCUGAAUUUAAGAUCAAUGGAAACAUCUGAAACAAUAUAUACCAUUUGUGAACUGUUUAAUGAGAACCUAAUUUGCCCGACACCUGAUCUAUCGAAAAACAUCAGAAGAUGGGAAACAAAGUUAGAGAUGUGGAUAAUGAUUGAUGAUGAUGAUUAUUAUUGGAAAAAAUGGGCCGGUGACGCUCCUCAUUAUAUGACAGUUUAUCCAGAUCCCGUGUUUGAAAGCUUCAAUACCAUCCUCAGAAAUGACGGGUCAAAGGUGGAAAAUCAUUUAUUGGUCUAUGGACAGGAAUUGAAUAAGGUUCUUCAACCUCAAGAUAUCUCAAUCAAUUUCAACAUACCCGUACAGGCUGUGUCGCCAACGUAUUUGAGAUGUGAUUUGACGGAGAUCGAUCCCAAACAUUAUGCAGACGACAAGAAAGAUGUUUUGACCAUUAAGGUUGGAAACGUAAAGGCCAUUUUAGGAAUAAAGGAAUUAAAGCAACACAAAGGUAUUCUUAGAGAACAUUUACACUCUUUUCCAAACGAAUUAGGUAUUAAUUAAUAAACUGAAUUGUAACGGGAAUCCGUAAGUUGUGAGUAUAAACUGUAACAUUUGAACAAAAACUAUAUAUACAUAUCACUGUGUGUUUUUUACGCCACAUAACGUCAUAAUUAAACAUUACGUAGCUUUAGGCGAAUAAUUGACGUCGAAUGAAAAAGUAACUAAAUAAUUCAGUUUAAAAAUGUAGAGUUAUAGAUGUAAAUCAUUUAGAGCUCUUUCAAUGUUUUUUCAUAAAUUGAUAUAAAUAUAUCAGAAAAUGAAAUGCUUGUUUGCUAAUCUUCAAGUUAAUAUUUUCAUCCAUAACGUUGUUGAAGUCUUGUAGUGAAUAUGAUGCACGGCUCACAAUUAUAAUGUUUACAGAUAAUAUUGAAGUUUAAGAAAUGUCGUGAUUAAACAUGUGAUAAAAAGAAUUUCAUGAUUUGCUAAAAUAUUUAUGAUUUUUAUCCAGAUCAAUGUGUAUUUUCUACCCCUCGCCAAGGCUUUGGGAUAGAAAACACAAAAUUCGCAAGAUAAAAAAAAUCAUAUACCAUUCCAAAUCUUGAGAUAUUCUCUAUAUAUUCUUACAAUCAUUUGCUAAAAUAUUAUGAUAAUCACCAGUUGUUGCCAAUAGAUUAAACAGUCAUAUCAAAAUGCAAGAAAUUAAGACCAGAACAUUGUUUUCAAUUUUUUUCUUGAUAUAAACGUUUAAUUAUAUUUCAGAUUUGCUUUUGUUAAACCAAAACGUGGAAUCAUUCGAAUCAAUUUUAGAUGAGAUAAAUUUUAAGUUUAAUUGGAAUUUUGUAACAUUUCUAAUAAUUAGCUUUAUUUUUCACUUUGUACUUUGUUAAAAUUUUCCGUCAAGGAGAUUGCAAUCCUUCCGUUCGAAUAUUUCAUGUCUAUAUUUUACGGUAUUGGAUUCAACUAACUAAAAUACCCGAAUGCUAUGGUAAGUUGUUUCGUUUAAUUAUAUAUUUUGAUGUUCACAUACUUGUAGAUAUCCAAAAUUUGCAAUGAUAUUGAGAAUAUCGUACACAAAACAACUAUAUUAAUUUUCACCCUUAAAUAGUUGUGAUUUAGA